AUGGCGUCAACGACAGUCGCCGAACCACUCGACCUCGUCCGACUCUCCCUCGAUGAACAAGUCUAUGUCAAGCUCAAGGGCGACCGAGAACUCAGAGGACGUCUUCACGCUUACGAUUCACAUUGCAAUAUCGUCCUAGGAGACGCGGAAGAAACCAUCACACUGGUCGACACAGAUGAAGAGACACGGCAAGAGACUGUCCGGACGGUCAAGAAGCACUCUGAGAUGAUGUUUGUGCGUGGUGAUUCAGUGACCAUCAUCUGCCUUGGGUCCGCGCAGUAG